AUGAGAUUAAAUGUAAAAUUCAUGGUCCCAGCGGCCAGUCUAGAUGUGGUUCGGAAGAACGUACGACCGUCGGAUAAUACCGCGGCCGCUUCCGAACUACUAGCGUACGCGUACGAGUAUCAAGCAUUCACUAUAAAGAGCUUCAUCAAUGCAAUCAUCAUUAUCAAUAAGAAUAGAGAAAAUCAGAUCUUAGACCUGCAGCAGAAGAUUGAAUGUUUACACAGACAGAUAACUAUAUUAAAUCUGAAGAUCUCAUCACAAUUGUUCACAAUCUCUUCAGAAGUGUACACAUUAUCAGAGAUCACUGCACAGAAUAAGAAUCUGAGUAUGAAAUACAUUAAGCUAGAAGAUCUGUCAGAGUUAUUAAGCUUCAAUGAUAACUGA